AUGCUCAUACUCCUCCCCGAAAGUCUCGGAUUUUUGGUCACAAAGAGGAGAGCGGUAGAGGCCAAGAAAUGGAUCCGGCGGGCGAACGGAUGGGGUGGAAGCAAGUUUGAUUGCGAUGUUAUGAAAAUUAUAGAAAAUGAGACCGUUCGGGUGCCACAAGAGACGAAUCUUCGAGAAAGUCUACAUCACGUUUUUCAUGAUCGGAAACUCGUGCGUUACAUGGGAAUUCAGACAAUUCUGUGGGUCGUCGAUUUUAUGGUCUACAAUUCCCUUUCAUUGACAGCUACAGAUGCAAUAUUCUACAAGUUUCAGGUAAUCAAAGGCAGUGCUGACAUGUCGUUCUUGUUCUCGGGUCUUGUGGAACUUCCUUGCUACUUUCUAAUGCCAGUGGCUCUCGAUCGACUCGGGAGAAGACCUACAGUGAUCAUUAGUCAUCUACUCUCUGCGGCCUCACUGUUGAUCAUAGUGCUGCGCUUGAGUGCAGAUUUUCAUCCGACAAUCUACCUAUGCAUCUGGCUCAUUGCCAAAUUCGGAAUGGCCAGCGCUUUCAUGUGCUGUUUCGUGUAUGGCGCAGAAAAUUUUCCCCGUUCAAUAUCGAAACAUUUGCUUAGGAUUCUGUGCUACUCUGAGCAACAUUGGGGCCAUGAUGUCACCUCACUGCAAUAUACUGGAUGGCAUUUUCAACGGGAUGAUGUUUGCCACAUUCGCUGGUUUAUGUGCAUUUUGUGGCUUUAUCACGACAUUCCUCCCGGAGACGAAGAAUUCCCACCAGAAUUACCACUGAAAUAA